GGCCGCGAUGGGCGACUUGUCCGCGACGACGCCAGCCGAGCUCCAGCUCGACCGAGCGCGGCGACCGCACCUGUUGAUCGUCGACGACUCGAGGGAUACGCGUGCCAACGAAGGUGUGUGGCCACCUGAAGGGCUGGCGGGCCAGUCGAGCUUGCCCGGCAGCUCAGUAGACUACGCGGCAGUGCUGCUCUUGGCAGCUAUGGCUGCCGUGCUUCUGGCUGCUGUGGGCUACCAGUGCGCGGCAACAUGGCGCUGGAUCAUGGGCAGAACCCGACGUGAUUCUGAGGAAAGCAACUGCGAGUCGCUGUCCCGCCAGGCGGCAAUCCGUAUCAGUCACUCGCUACCUGAUCUGCAGACCGAGCCGCUCAAGCAGGAAUACGUACAAGAGCAUAAGGAUGCUUCCAAGAAGGUUCUCCGACAAACGACGCUGCCGAUCGUGCCGACCCGUCAUCAGACCUUCCAAAGACAACUGUCUCACCGUUUGGAUCUACCUUCCAUUCAAUUCAGUAUCUGCAGUUUGGAGCGUGCUGAUUCUUCUAUUGGACUUAUUAAGCCGGAGCUAUAUAAGAACGAGUUGGUUCGUCAACCAUCGACAGACAGUGCAGAGCUCGAGUUUUGUGGAAAACUGCAUUUCGCUCUCAAGUACGAUCAAGAAGUCGAGGCGCUCGUUGUGAAGAUCUUUGAGGCUCGUGACCUUCCUAUAAAGGACGUGACAGGCAGCAGCGACCCCUACAUCAAAGUGUUCCUGUUGCCUGAUCGUAAAAAGAAGUUCCAGACCAAAGUGCAUCGCAAGAAUCUGAAUCCUGUUUUCAACGAAACUUUUCUAUUCAGUGUUAUGUACGAGGAGCUUCGCCAGCGUUACCUCCAGUUCUCCGUCUACGACUUCGAUCGAUUCAGCAGACAUGAUCUCAUCGGCCACGUAGUGCUCAAAGGUCUUCUGGAAUCUGCUGAUUUGACUCAGGAGAUUGAAUACACCAUGAACAUACUGGCUGCUCCACAGGAGAAAAAAGACCUCGGCGAGCUGAUGCUGUCCCUUUGCUACUUACCUACAGCCGGAAGGUUGACUGUCACUGUUAUCAAGGGAAGAAAUCUGAAAGCCAUGGACAUCAAUGGAUCGUCGGAUCCUUAUGUGAAAAUCUGCCUCAUCUGUCAAGGAAAACGCAUCAAGAAGAAGAAAACGACUGUCAAGAAGAAUACCUUGAACCCUGUGUACAAUGAGGCUCUGGUUUUCGAUCUACCCUUUGAGAACGUGUAUGACGUCACUCUCCUGAUCAAAGUCAUCGAUUAUGAUAGGAUUGGUCCUAACGAACUUAUCGGCUGUACUGCAAUUGGAUCCAGCCUGAUUGGCAUUGGACGUGAUCAUUGGCUGGAAAUGCUAGACAACUCUCGAAAACCUGUCGCUCAGUGGUACCCGCUGAAUAAGAGUCUGCCCACGAACAUUGAGUUGCCCGCAAAUGACCAGAACAUUGGAUUGAGCUGCUUGAAUGGAAGAUGAAGAGACAAACUAGAAUCGACUGCGGAGCAAACAUCACGACACGGCGUCUCUAGGAAAUGAGAUAUUGUUUACAAUAGGUAACGUGCAAGUUACUGGCGCUUCUUCGUAACUGAAAUGUAUCAAUGUAUUAGAUAUGACUGUCAAACGACUGUCAAAUUGUUGUCUUUAGUAAAGUGUUAUCUUUGGUGGUCGGUGCAAUGGAACUGCACUUGAAAACGAAAACGAACUUGCUGCGGACAAAACGAGUCCGUAUGGUUGGUGUAUUUCUUCUAUGGCAUUGCAUUGUAACCAA